AUGGGAAGGAUGCCAUGCUGUGAGAAGGUAGGGUUGAAGAAAGGACCAUGGACACCCGAAGAAGAUAAGAAGCUUGUUGCUUAUGUUGAAAAGCACGACCACGGAAACUGGCAUUCAGUGCCUGCCAAAGCGGGUCUUCAAAGAUGUGGAAAGAGUUGCAGGCUGAGGUGGAUCAAUUACCUCAAGCCAGAUAUAAAAAGAGGAAACUUCAGCAUGGAGGAAGACCGUACCAUUAUUCAACUUCAUGCUCUUCUUGGAAACAAAUGGUCAAUCAUAACAGCUCACUUGCCCAAUAGAACAGACAAUGAGAUCAAGAACUACUGGAACACCAAUGUCAAGAAAAGAUUCAUAAGAAUGAGCUUAGAUCCCAUUACUCACAAACCAAUGAAAUCCAACACGUUUGAGGCCCAUGAUGAGUUCAAGGACAUCACAAAUAUUGGCCACGUUUCUCAAUGGGAGAGUGCUCGACUCGAAGCUGAAGCAAGAGGAUCUAUGUUGCAAGUGGGGUCUGGAUCCUUACAUCUCCCUAGGUUAAUCUUAAGCAAAAUUCCAACUCAACCUUGUCCUUCAUCAAAUUUGCUAUCGACUGAACAUAAGCGAGUGUAUAACAUGUAUGCUCUCGUGCUUGCAACGAAUCAUGACCUUCAAUCAUCAGUAUCUACUUUGAGCGUUCCCAAGCUUCCUGCAGUCUCUACCAAUAUUGGACAAUUCACCGACAUGGAAAACUUACUCUCAUAUAAUGGUGAUGGUAAUGUUGUAGAAAUCAGUAGCCAUAUUCCAAAGGUAAUGGAAGGUUGUGCAUCAAACUUGCAAGAUGACGACAUUAUCAUGGCUGUGGAAGCAUUUAGAACGCCAAGAAACACAAGUAUUCAAGAAUUGUUUGAUGAAUCCGCUUCCAGAUAA